UUCUUCUUCGUGCAGCCCGACAAGCUCCCCCCAAGCCACCGACUUCUAUUUCUUGAGAAAAUUGGUAGCAAGCUUGAUUUUUCCCUUCCUUUUCUUGUUAAAGAAUUGAUUUUAGGACCUAGAACCCUCCCUUUGAAGUAGGAAUUUCCAGAUUUGCUCUGCUCUUCCUCCCCUGUCCGCCGAUGUUGCUAGGUACGAAUUUUUAGGCAUUUCUCUGGUAAGAUUCAGCCAUGAAUCCCUCUCUUUAGCCUUGAUUCAAGUUGGGUUACUCUAAUUUCCUUUUUUUUCCUUCAAUUUUGUGUGUGUUCUCCCAAUUCCCGCCAGCCCUCCACACCGCCAGCUCCGGUUUCAGCUUGCCGGAAUUUCCUGGUGUUGUUGUGGCUUAGAGCUCUGGGGUCAAGUUUCCUGUUUUAUGCGAAGUGAGGUAAGUAACUUAUGGUAAUGCCUUGGAUUUAAGGUAAAGCUUUUAAAAAGCAAAUUUUUGAUGGUUUUGAAAUGGUAGUGGUACUAAACCCGUUUUACAUGAGCAUAACUGAUUUGAAGUGAAAUUUUUAUGCUUUUCAUUAAAUUGAGCAUGCCUACUUGGAAUUUGUUUAACUACUCUGAUGAUUUGAGAAUUUUGUAAAUUCUGAUUUUUCUAUUAAAUCCAUGCCCACGUGGAAUUUUUCUGGUUUACUUUGAAAUUUGAAAUUGAUUAUGAAUUAUGGAUUUUUUUUGUAAAUCUUGCAUUGUUUUGUCUCCGAUGUGGUCAUGUUAUUAGUGUGCCCGUUAAUGGGAGGUUUAUAAACACUAGCACAUGUCGACAUGUUAUUAAUAGAACCGAUUCAUUCGAGUGACCCUGCUAGUGGGGGUUAUACACCAGCAAAUAGUGUAGCCUGCCAGUGGGAGGUUUAUAACACUGGCCAUGACCUAUAGAGGAGACGUUUAUUUCGUUCUCGUACUGUAUCCAUUUUUCGUGAUUACACUUGUUGGCAUGCUAUAAGUUUAAUAAGGGGCACUCCAUAUUUACUUAUUGAGUUAUCUCACCUCGUUUUUUCCUUACCCACCAUUUCAAGUAGUGUGACCCGAGACACGGAAACCAAGGGGAGUGACGAGGUAGAAGGCUGGCCAUUCUAAUUGGAUAUAAGUUUUAGAUUUUAUCAUCCUUUUAUAAGGUAGAUUUUAUUCCUCACUCUAAUUGUCAAAAAAUUGUGGAGUCUUUUUUUAUUUUUUAACAAUUUGUCAAAAUUGAAUGCCUCAUAUAUUCCUCAAUCUUUCUUAAUUGAUGCCUUUCUUAGUCACUGUAAUCCUUUGCUUAGCAUAUUUCUCCACCUCCACCAUCAAAGUUCUUUUUUUACCCCUUGACUUUUAUCUCACAAACUACCUUUUGUUGAUAAAACUCAAUUUUCCUU